CUUUAUUCUCACGGCCUUAUCAAAGCAACAGCAUGAGCAGAGCAGGUUCAGCAUUCUGGGGUGUUAGCCUUGCUACGAUCUUUGGCGUUGUUACAGCUUAUGUGGCGUGGCAACCGGAGCUUCAACGCCUGAAGGAAACACGAGAGGGCACGUUCAACGAAUCGCAUGUAAAGCAAGAUGAACAUGCGAUCAGUAAGGCGCUUAUAAGCGAUCUCAAGGAGGCCAAGCAUCAGGUCACAGAUACCGACAAGAAGGGUGCGUUAUGGGGUUGGCGACAGUUGUUGUUCGCACGGCAACAGACUGCAGUACCGGAGAGCGAGGAGAGAGCCCAUGUCGUCGCAGCCAAGGUGCCUAAGGAAGGCGUUUGAAAUGGAAAAGGAACAGACAAAUAGCCGGAGUAUGCCGUCUGCACAUCAGCUACUGCUGUAAAUGGUACUGUCCGACCUACUUAGUGUCUCGCGUACCGUACGGCAUGAACGACACACUGGAGCAAUCAAUAGUUCAAGGCGAACUUAAGAUAGCAAGACAACACAGUGGCAGCGAAAAUUCGACUUUCACAUCAGCAGUCGUGGCGCUAUUACAGCCCAAGGAAGGGAUCGCUCGCUCAACCGGAUGUCACCACGCGCCUUCAACCAAGCCUC